AUGACAACAAUGGCUGAUAAACGGCUGGAUUUCAUAGAGAAUUAUUGCACGCUCUCUCUUCAUAUUAAGCCUGACAAAUGGUCGAAGUUUUCAACCAGUGAAGAGACUCAUGCCAUGCUCAAUGAGUUCUAUGAGAAGCCAGAUGUGACAGCGUUGGUGAUUACUCUCAACCCUACUGGACAGCUAGUCUCCUGCCUUGGCUUCCCAUCAACACUGAAAAAUAAAGCAGUCUAUUUUGUGAAAAAGAAGCAUGAAAACAUUACCAAAGAUAACUUCCUGGAUGCACUCCUGAUUGGAGAUAUCAGCCCUUCCCCAGUAGAGCAGAUGAUGGCUAUUGUGGAAGAGGUUGCCUACUCCUUGUUCUUGAAAGGUGUAAACCUAACCGGAUGGCCUCGUGUGGUAGCUGAAGAUGUUAUUCGACAGGCUCACAGGCUGAAAAAUGAGAUGUUUGUGAUGGGAGGAAAGUUCAAAGGAAAAACACUGCUCCCUUUGCCAGAGAACAUGGAAGUCCUGGAUAGUAACUCAGACAUGUUUGACAGCCUACCUGGAGCUGUGGACAGUUCCCUGCUACACUCCAUUGAAACAAUAAUUAUUGACUGGUCUCAUCAGAUCCGAGAUAUCUUGAGCAAAGAUUCUGCCCAGCCUCUCCUGGAUGGUUUACACCCAUUACCCAAAGCUGAAUUUGAUUUCUGGUACAGUCGGCAGGAAAACCUGCAAUGCAUCAAUGAGCAGCUCUAUGCACCUCAAGUCAAAAAGAUUGCCGACAUUUUAGAGCGAGCAAAGAGCUGCUAUUGGCCAGCACUUAAGAAUGUCUUCAAGGAUGUAUCUGCAGGAUUGAAAGAAGCUGAUGAUAUCAACCUGUAUCUGCAGCCUCUAAAAGUUACACUGGAGGAGGUGGAACAAGCUGACUAUAACCUGGUGUCUUCACACAUCGGUAGCAUCAUGUACACAGUAUGCUUGAUCUGGGCUAAUUCUGAAUAUUACAACAUUCCAUCCCGAGUCAUUGUCAUUUUGCAGGAGAUUUGUAAUCUCUUCAUUGAAAUGACACGUAACUUUUUGAGUCCCGAGGAAGUGUUGAAAGGCUUGCAAGGCGAAAUUGAGGAGGUUUUGUCAGGAAUCAAGCUGGCCAUCGCUGUGAUUGAGAAACUCUACAAGACCUAUGACCUUUGCUGCACAGAUAUGAUGCCUUCUUUUUUUAAGGAUAAAGAACCUCAGUACUGGGAAUUUCCCUCUACUCUUGUCUUUACAAGGAUGAAUUCAUUUUUUCACAGGUUAAAGACUAUAGAGGAACUAUACAUGACUGCAAUUGAAUUUCUCAAAUUGGAGAAAAUUGAAUUGGGAGGUGUGAGAGGCAAUAUCCUUGGAAGCUUGGUGUUCCAAAUUUAUGAGGAGGUUCUUGAAUACGUGAAAGUUUUUGCAGAAUGCAAAUAUGAUCCAUUAGAUCCAGCAGAUGAGCAAUUUGAUGCAGAUUUUGCAGAUUUUCAGAUCAAAAUUCAGGAUUUGGAUAGGCGACUGGGCACCAUUUUCUAUCAAGGAUUUGUUGACUGUUCCAGUUUUGAAUCAGCUGUCAAGCAAAUCCAUAUGUUUGCAUCUCUGUUGGAACGACCCUUGAUCAAAGCAGACGCAGCUCCCCACUAUGCAUCGCUUUUGGAGAUGUUCAAUGUUGAAUUGGACAAUGCAAAAAUUUUGUAUGAUGCCCAGAUAUCUGCUACUCAAACUGGAGAUCAUGUGCCUCCCAUUAGCAAAAAUAUGCCACCUGUGGCUGGGCAACUGAAAUGGGCUUUAGAACUCCAGGAAAGAUUGCAGAUCCCAAGGAAAGAUUUGCAUGCCAUUGAUCAUCCUGUAAUGGUCAGUUCGGAAGCCAAACUGAUCUAUGGAAAGUAUGAUGAGAUGAUACGUUUGCUGAAAGGUUACCGUGAAAGAAUUUACGCAGAGUGGAUCAGCAGGGUUGAUACAGACUGCCAGUUUAAUCUAGAGCAGCCACUGAUCCAGAGAGAUCCAGAAACAAGACUUAUUAGUGUCAACUUCAGCAAAGCGCUCGUAGCUGUUCUCCGUGAAGUCAAGUACCUGAACUUUCAGCAGCAGAAAGAAAUUCCAGGCAGUGCCGGCAGCCUCUUCUCUCAGAAUGAAACUUUCCAGAAAUUUGUGGACAACUUAGAUCUCAUUGUUGGCUGGUACAAUAAGAUCAAGAGAACCAUUUUGCUGGUAGAACUUCCUCUGGUCAAAACUGAACUGGAAGAAAUUGAUGUUGGCCUAGAGAAAGCUGAGACCAACCUGUUUUGGAGUAAUGAAGGUGUUAUGGAUUAUAUCCAAGAGAUGCGAAAUGUUUUAUAUGAUUUAGAGACAAGAAUUCAAAAAACCAAAUUAAAUGUGGAGAAUAUCGGACAGCUUAUGCAAGAAUGGUCAGCUAGUCCUUUGUUUGAAAGGAAAGACAAUAAGGAGACAGCCCUUCUUGAUCUGGAUGGAAGACAAACAAAUAUAAACAAACGCUAUGCAGCCAUCAAAGAUGCUGGGCAGAAGAUCCAGAGUAUGGUGGAGGAGAAUGCAGAUUUGUUCAAGGCUGACAAGACAACCGAAAUAUGGUCUCGUUAUGUAGAAUACAUAGACGACAUAAUCUUUGAUGGCUACUUUAAGUUUAUACGCAAAUCACUGCAGUUUCUGCUCAGCAAUAUGUCAGCUGAGGCCAAUGUUGCCCCAUUAUUUGAAGUACGGAUGGAGUUGUAUAAAGAUGACUUAAGGUAUCGUCCAUCGCUGGAAGUAGGAGCAGAACAAGGUUUUUUGGAAAUGGUAGAAAACUUAAUGAAUGAUAUCUAUGAUACAGCAAAGCUUAUACCCCGACUGGCAAAAGGGAAGCACAGCUAUAAGACUGACUUGGAAGAUACAGGAGAACUAAUAGAGAUGCGGGAGGAAGUUGCAAACAUUGUGGUCAAUGCCAUGAAGCAGGGCGAGGAAUAUCAAGACUCCUUUGAAAAAUACUCAUACCUUUGGAUGGACGAUCCUCAGGAAUUCAUGCAGCGUUUCCUCACUUUUGGUCAUGCUCUCACACAGGAAGAGCUUGAAUCUCAUGCAGAGGAAUACUUGCCACAUGUGGCACCCACACUUGAGCAAUUCCAGCUACAGAUUGAUACAUAUGAAAAACUAUAUGAAGAAGUCUCCAAGUUUGAGAAUACCAAAGUGUUCAAUGGUUGGCUGCAAAGUGACUGUCGGCCCUUCAAGCAAGCACUCCUGAACACCAUCAAACGCUGGAGCUUAAUGUUCAAGCAGCACCUCAUCGAUCAUGUCACUACUAGCCUUCAGGAACUUGCUGCUUUCAUGAAAGAGGCGAAUGCAGGCUUAACUAAACCAGUGAAAGAAGGUGACUAUGAUGGGCUUGUUGAAGUGAUGGCACACUUGAUGAGAGUCAAAGAUAGACAAAUAGCUACUGACAAUAUGUUUGAGCCCCUAAAGCAGACUAUUGAAUUGCUGAAAUUGUAUGGAGAAGAAAUGCCUGAAGAGAUCCAUAUGCAGUUGCACGAAUUGCCAGAGCAGUGGAAUAACACCAAAAAGUUGUCCUUCCAAGUCAAACAGAAUGUGGCUCCUCUGCAAGCCAAUGAAGUUACAAUCAUCCGAAGGAAAUGCCAACAAUUUGAGAUUAAACAACAUGAAUUCAGAGAGAAAUUCCGAGUCGAUGCACCUUUCACUUUUGUUGAUCCAGAUCCAUAUAAAUCCCUAACCAAGCAACAAAAAAUGACUACUGGUAUGGAAAAAGAGAUGGAAGCCCUAUCCAAAUCUGCAGGCUUGUUUGAAGUAUCUGUUCCAGACUACAAGCAGCUAAAAGCAUGCCAUAAGGAAGUGCGCUUGCUCAAGGAGCUCUGGGAUAUGAUUGUCUUGGUAAAUGAAAGCAUUAACGACUGGAAGACAACCAAAUGGAAAGAGAUUAAUGUUGAACAGAUGGAUCUUGACUGCAAGAAAUUUGCUAAGGAUGUCAGAGGUUUGGACAAGGAAAUGAGAGCAUGGGAUGCUUUUAUAGGACUGGAUAAUACUGUUAAAAAUAUGAUCACAUCCCUUCGAGCUGUGAGUGACCUCCAGAAUCCAGCUAUCCGAGAUAGACAUUGGAAAGAACUCAUGCAGGCCACCCAGGUGAAGUUUACCAUGUCUGAUGAAACAACGCUGGCAGACCUACUUCAGCUGAAUCUUCACAAAUUUGAAGACGAGGUUCGCAGCAUUGUAGACAAAGCUGUGAAAGAAUCUGGGAUGGAAAAGGUGUUGAAGGCUCUUGACAGUACCUGGUCAACUAUGCAGUUUGAACAUGAGCCUCACCAUCGGACGGGAACAAUGCUGCUCAAGUCAGAUGAAGCACUAGUAGAAACCCUUGAAGAAAAUCAAGUGCAGCUCCAGACUCUGAUGACUUCUAAGUAUCUGGCCCACUUCCUUCAGGAGGUCUCCAGCUGGCAGCAGAAAUUAUCCACUGCUGACUCGGUGAUAUCCAUUUGGUUUGAAGUCCAGAGAACAUGGAGUCACCUGGAGAGCAUUUUCAUUGGUUCAGAAGACAUUCGAAAUCAGCUUCCUGAGGAUUCAAAGCGCUUUGAUAUCAUUGACAAAGAUUUUAAAGAAUUGAUGGCUGAUGCAGUAAAAACUCCAAAUGUGGUUGAGGCAACAAAUAAACCAGGUCUCUAUGACAAGUUGGAGGCUUUGCAGCAAAGUUUGGCACUCUGCGAAAAAGCUUUGGCUGAAUAUCUGGAAACCAAAAGACUGGCUUUCCCCAGAUUUUAUUUUGUAUCCUCUGCAGACCUGCUGGAUAUUUUGUCCAAUGGCAACGACCCUGUUGAGGUGUCCCGCCAUCUGUCCAAAUUAUUUGAUAGUAUGGCAAAGCUGAAAUUCAGGCUAGAUGCAGAAGGAAAGCCUCUGAAGAUUGGCUUGGGAAUGUACAGCAAAGAAGAUGAGUAUGUUGAUUUUGACAAGGACUGCGACUGCUCUGGUCAGGUUGAAGUUUGGUUAAACCGAGUGUUGGAGAGAAUGCAGAACACCUUGCGCCAACAAAUAGCUGAAGCUGUAGUGACUUAUGAGGAAAAGCCAAGAGAGCAAUGGCUGUUUGAUUACCCAGCCCAGAUUGCUUUAACGUGUACCCAGAUCUGGUGGACUACAGAAGUUGGUAUUGCGUUUUCACGACUGGAAGAAGGCUAUGAAAAUGCAAUUAAAGAUUACAAUAAGAAACAGAUUAACCAGUUGAACACCUUAAUUACACUGCUCAUUGGGAACUUAACUCCAGGGGACAGAAUGAAGAUUAUGACCAUUUGUACUAUUGAUGUACAUGCCAGAGAUGUCAUUGCCAAAAUGAUUUUAGCAAAGGUGGAGAGCUCUCAGGCAUUUACGUGGCAGUCCCAACUUAGGCACCGUUGGGAUGAAGAAAAGAGGCACUGCUAUGCCAACAUCUGUGAUGCUCAACUGCAGUAUUCCUAUGAGUACCUUGGCAACACUCCUCGUCUGGUGAUCACCCCGCUCACUGACCGUUGCUAUAUCACCCUGACCCAGUCCCUCCACUUAAUCAUGGGAGGAGCCCCUGCAGGCCCUGCAGGCACAGGAAAAACUGAGACCACCAAGGACUUGGGCAGAGCUGUAGGAAUCAUGGUGUAUGUCUUCAACUGCUCUGAGCAAAUGGACUAUAAGUCUUGUGGAAAUAUCUACAAAGGGCUGGCCCAAACCGGGGCCUGGGGAUGCUUUGAUGAAUUCAAUCGGAUUUCAGUGGAAGUCCUGUCAGUAAUUGCUGUACAGGUUAAAUGUGUUCAAGAUGCAAUUCGAGCCAAGAAGAAGACAUUCAACUUUCUUGGAGAGAUUAUCUCUCUUAUACCCACUGUUGGAAUGUUUAUUACUAUGAAUCCUGGGUAUGCAGGUCGUACUGAACUGCCUGAAAAUCUGAAAGCUUUAUUCAGGCCCUGUGCCAUGGUUGUGCCUGAUUUUGAGCUUAUCUGUGAAAUCAUGCUUGUUGCUGAAGGUUUUAUUGAAGCUAGGCUUCUGGCCAGGAAGUUUAUUACUCUCUACACACUAUGUAAGGAGCUACUCUCCAAGCAGGAUCACUAUGACUGGGGGCUGAGAGCUAUCAAGUCUGUGCUAGUGGUGGCGGGGUCCCUGAAGAGAGGAGAUCCAGGCCGAGCUGAAGACCAGGUCCUCAUGAGAGCUUUGCGAGACUUUAACAUACCCAAGAUUGUGACCGAUGACUUACCUGUGUUCAUGGGACUCAUUGGGGACCUUUUCCCAGCGCUGGAUGUACCCAGGAAGCGUGACCUGAACUUUGAAAAGAUUAUCAAACAAUCUAUUGUUGAGCUCCGUCUGCAACCCGAGGAGAGUUUUGUGCUGAAGGUUGUACAGCUGGAGGAGUUACUGCAAGUCCGACAUUCAGUGUUUGUGAUUGGAAAUGCUGGCUGUGGCAAGUCACAGGUACUGAAAUCUCUGAAUAAAACUUACCAGCUCAUGAAAAGAAAGCCUGUAGCUGUUGACCUUGAUCCUAAAGCUGUAACUUGUGAUGAACUAUUUGGAAUAAUUAAUCCAGCAACGAGAGAAUGGAAAGAUGGCUUGUUUUCAACAAUAAUGCGAGAUCUAGCUAACAUAACUCAUCGUGGACCAAAAUGGAUUGUUCUGGAUGGAGAUAUUGAUCCCAUGUGGAUUGAAUCUUUGAAUACUGUGAUGGAUGACAACAAGGUGCUCACCUUAGCCAGCAAUGAGCGAAUCCCACUAAACCCCACCAUGAGGCUUGUAUUUGAGAUCAGCCACCUAAGAACAGCAACACCUGCCACAGUGUCUCGAGCAGGAAUCUUGUAUAUCAAUCCUGCUGACCUGGGCUGGAAUCCAAUAGUGAGCAGUUGGAUUGAGCGCCGAGAAGUGCAAUCCGAAAAAGCUAACCUGAUGAUCUUGUUUGAUAAAUAUUUGCCUACCUGCUUGGACAAACUGAAGUUUGGGUUCAAGAAGAUAACCCCUGUUCCUGAAGUGACAGUAGUGCAGAUGAUUCUCUAUUUACUGGAAUGUCUCUUGACCCCCACCAAUACACCUCCAGAUUCUUCCAAAGAGCUAUACGAACUCUAUUUUGUGUUUGCUUGCUUCUGGGCAUUUGGAGGAGCGAUGUUCCAAGAUCAGCUUGUGGAUUAUCGGGUGGAAUUUAGCAAAUGGUGGGUGAAUGAAUUUAAAACAAUCAAAUUCCCAUCUCAGGGAACAAUUUUUGACUAUUAUAUUGACCCAGAGUCAAAGAAAUUCAUGCCAUGGACUGAUAAAGUGCCACAAUUUGAAUUGGAUUCAGAUGUCCCAUUGCAGGCUUCAAUGGUCCACACAACAGAAACCAUCCGGAUUCGUUACUUCAUGGACUUGCUAAUGGAGAAAAAAUGGCCAGUGAUGCUAGUUGGGAAUGCAGGCACUGGAAAGUCAGUGCUGAUGGUGGAUAAGCUGGAUACCCUGAACAUGGAUGAUUUUAUAGUCCAAGCUGUUCCCUUUAACUUCUACACAACUUCAGCUAUGCUGCAAGCUAUUCUCGAGAAGCCUCUGGAGAAGAAAUCAGGAAGGAAUUUUGGCCCCUCUGGUACCAAGAAGCUGAUUUACUUCAUAGAUGAUAUGAACAUGCCAGAAGUUGACAAAUACGGCACUGUGGCUCCUCACACCUUGAUCCGGCAGCACAUGGAUCAUGGGCAUUGGUAUGAUAGAAGCAAGCUGACCUUAAAGGAUAUCCACAACUGCCAAUAUGUUGCCUGUAUGAACCCAACAGCUGGAUCCUUCACUAUUGAUUCCAGGCUCCAGAGACAUUUCUGUGUAUUUGCGGUGAGUUUCCCAGGUCAGGAUGCCCUAAUGAGCAUCUACAGUACUAUCUUGGGUCAGCACCUGGCCCUUCGGAAUGUCUCGAUGGUCGUCCAGAAGAUUAAUGUGCAGCUCGUUUCUGCAGCUCUGGGUUUACAUCAGAAAAUUUCAUCAACAUUUCUUCCUACGGCCAUAAAAUUUCAUUAUGUUUUCAAUCUCCGGGACCUCUCAAAUAUAUUCCAG